AGCAUUCCUUUGAGAACACUAUGAGAGUACGAUACUCGUACCGUAGUAGAAAGGUAUCCGUUGGAUCAACCGAUACCGAAGAAAUUGAGGAAAACAAAUUUCCGCACAUGUUUUAAUAGAUUCUUAACACCAUAAUACUCCCAGCGCGACACCAAAAUCACCAUGUCAACGAAACAGAAGGCCGUCUUGGUCGUAACACCUUACUCGACGGGAUGCUGCGUUGCCCUCGAGAUGCAGCGACGUGGAUACGCCAUUGUGGCCCUAUGGAUUAACGGUUUCGCCGAAGAAAUGAAGACCCAUGUUCCGCUGAGCUGCGCCGAAGAACUGAAAUACGUGAGAGAAAUUGAUGAACAGGCUAGCCUGGAACUAACAUUGGAAGAAAUCGAACGUCAUUCCGUCGAGGCCGAUCUCGAUAUUGUGGCCUGUCUCGCAGGCGGAGAAGCUGGGGUUGACGUUGCCGAUAUUCUUAGUGAAGCCAUGGGACUGCUGUCGAACGGAACCCUACGUGUAGACGGAGAAAUCCUCAACCGUCGGGACAAAAAAGUCCAACAGGAGCUCCUUCGUAAAGCUGGGAUGCGGGCCGUGAGRCAGGCUGGAAGUGACAAAUUUGAAGACGUUGAAGAGUUUUUGAGGACAGAAUCCUAUCCGCUCGUCUUGAAACCGACGGAAUCAGCAGGAUCCGAUGGAGUCAAGCUCUGCCCCAACUUCGAAGAAGCGAAAGACCACUUUCAUCAGUUGAUGAACAGCCAGCUGGUCAAUGGUGGUGAUUGCGGCGAAGUCUUGUGCCAAGAGUUUUUGAAGGGUAAAGAGUACGUCGUCGACCACGUGAGUCUCAACGGCGUUCACAAGACCAUGAUGGUGUGGGUGUACGACAAGCGGGAGAGAAACGGUAGUGCAUUUGUUUACUUCGGCUGUGUACCAAUCGAAGCCGAUUCCGAGGAAGCAAAGUUGAUCAUUCCUUAUAUUCGAAAGACAUUGGAUGUGCUGGGUGUAAAAAAUGGGCCGAGUCACGGAGAAGUCAUUAUAACCGAGAGCGGUCCUUGUUUGGUAGAAAUGAAUUGUCGAGCGAAUGGRGGAGAUGGUGCUUGGCAACCCCUGGCACGGGGAUUGACGCCAGGAGAUUAUUCUCAAGUCGAAGUGACAGCCGACGCGUAUUUGAACCCCGAAAAAUUCGACUCGUAUCCAGACAUUCCYGGAAGACUCAUCGGACAGGGUGUUGAGGUCUGCUUGGUCUCGUACGGAAAAGGUGUAGUYAGAAGAACGCCAGGCUUUGAUGUCUUAAAGAAACUACCGUCUUGUAUCCAUUUCGAAUCGGGAGUCCAGGUCGGUAGCAAAGUCGAUCUCACUAUUGACUUGAUUACUUCCGUAGGAAGUGUAAUUGUCUAUCAUGAGAAUCCAGCAAUUGUGAAAGACGAUCUCCAUUUCAUCAGGUACCUAGAAAAUAUGAACGGCUUGUUCGUCUUCGAAGACAACAGAGCAGAAAUCGAGGAAGAAAAGAAAGAGGACGAAGUAGUGAACACCAAGGUCGCCAUUGCCGACGCAACUGUUUCUUCCCAAACGGCUAAAGAUACUACAGUCAUUCGACAGGCGAAGGAGCUCGAGGGAGAGCCCGAUGAUGGUCGAUUCCCCGACGCACCCUUCCUCAAGAAAACAAUUUCGCUUCAACGCACCGUCGAUCUAGAUACUAGGAACAAUCUUUUCGAUGGAGAGGGCCCACCAACAAUGAUUCGCACCGUAUCUAUCCCAAAAACUCAAGGUCACAGAAGAACUUUUUCGGAGCAAGGUCCCUCCAUGUUCCGAACUCUAUCGCUACAGAAGAAAUAGAAGAAGCAAAUUCAAACGAAAGUGGCUCUUUCGAUUCCUAUUUUUGAAGAUUCCAGUUUGUUGAUUCUWCAAAACGUACUUUUCCAACGGAUUACAAAGAGCUGAAUAGUAGAAUUUGAUAAUGUUACAAAAUUAGAGACCUUUUUAAGAAAAUGGUUUUGUCCGAUAUGCUCGCCAGAUAUAUGGUWAUU